AUGGAAUCUUCUAAGCAGCUCUACAGAGCGAGAGCUUUGGUGCAAUCUAAUUCAAUCAUAUCUUCAGUACAAGUAUCAUUCAAUGAAAUCAUUCAGGACAGGAAAUUCAUAACAAUGGACGUCUUCUACACAUACUCCUACGGGUCAGCCGCCUGGCUCGCAUUGCAAGCAGCACCAUUGAUCAUCUCCCCAACGAUAAUCAUUACGCUUCUCUCCCCAGAUGUCCGAGAAGCUACUCCUCUCGAGGAGUACUUCUCCCGCUCUCUGGGUCUGACGCUGUUAACACUCGGCACAAUGAUCGUGCUGCUCACUGGCUCCGUCCCUCUGACAUCCUCAAUCUCCGAUACGACCAACGCCGCAGUGACAACCGAAGCCUCUGACCCAAAAGCCCCCUACGCCGUUCCCGUCCUCACCAUCUCCUUUGCCUACCACUCCGCUAUGGCCUUCUACUGCUACGCCCGGUACACUUCUUCCUCGCAGACGCCAUUCGUCCUCGGCGGGCUGGGGAGCGGCGCGCUGGCCGCCGUGGGGCUGUGGUGUAUUCUGUUUGCGAGCACGAAUGGGAGAAUUAGUAGGAAGACGGGGGCGGACAAGAGGACGAGUGGCUUUCCAUUUCGCAAUCGGGAGAGUGCGGGGGCGAAGAAGAGGGAAUUGGGAAAGAGUAACUAA